AUGGAGGGAAGGAAGAAACAAGCCCAACUACAAGCAAUGUGGUUCGCUGCUGGAACAGCUGCCAUCAUGGCAUGCUUAGAACGCGCUGUUUUAGUAUCAGUUGUGGAGCAAUGGCGGGUUGUGGCCUUCCUUGCGCUCAACCUCUUGCUCUUGGCGAUUCUGUUUACUUCCCCAUCUCCUCUGGCUUCAUCCAACGAGCCCACGAGCCAGGAAUUCAAUGAAAAUAUGGAUUCGAAGGUGGAAUUAAGGAGCAACAAGAGGAAAGAAAGUGCAAGCAGAGGACCAAUGCUGUCUGCGGCGGAUGACCAUCAUGAUGAUCACGAUGAUGGGAGCGGCAACCACUUGAGAUUACUGAAAUGCAGAAUCAGAAGGGAAAAGGGACGCGUGGUUGAAAAGCAAAAUUUGAAAGAUUCUACGGAUCAAGCUCAUGAUGAGCUCUCCCAGGAGGAGUUGAAUGAGAGAGUGGAGGCGUUUAUUACAAUGUUUAGGCAGCAUUUGGUAUCUGAUGCAAAGGGGAAAAGCUGCAGGGUCCACUCUUCAUCCAUUAAACGCAAAGCCAUAUACAACAACUAUUCUGGAAGCACCGGAAGGGGAUUCUGA